AUGCCCACGAAUGCGGCCAUCGCCCGCCGCGAGGAAAACGAACAGCGCAAGGCCUCAGAACUGCAUAGCCAAAGAGACGCACCAAACAAAGUGACAAACCACACAGCCACGCGGGGGGAUGAGGCGGCCGCGGCCCGUGAGGACGGGCAGCAGCGACUGUCGCCGGCGACCAACGUCGCCCCGCAAGCCGGGAACGAGGGCGCAGCAGCGGCCGUGGGACGCGCGCCUACUCAGCAG